AUGGACAAGCCAAUUAAACUUGCAAAGGUAACCAAAAUUCUUGGAAGGACUGGAUCGCAGGGUCAAUGUACUCAGGUGCGAGUUGAUUUUAUCGAUGACCCAACAAAUCGUUCGAUCAUUCGAAAUGUGAAAGGCCCAGUGCGAGAAGGUGACAUCCUGACAUUGCUGGAAGCCGAGAGAGAGGCACGUCGUCUGCGUUGA